UGGGUUGUGUGGGCCAACACAUCGCUCGAGGAGGUGUGCUUCGGGCCCCGGUUCAGCGGCUCCGAGCUGAGCAAGCCGGGCAGGGCCCUCGACGUGCUGGAGGGGAUGCUGGCCGCGUCCGACUGGCUGGUGGGCGGCGAGUUCUCGGUGGCCGACGUGGCGGUGGCGUCGUACCUCAACUACGUCCCCGUGUUCUUCGGCCAGCAGGACGACCUGCGCGCGCGCCCGCACGUGGCCGCGUACAUGAAGCGGUGCGCAGCUCGGCCCGCCUUCGUGCAGGCCUUCGGCGAGCAGCACGCGGCCGCCGUGAAGGGCCUGAUCCUGGGCUGA